AAAGAGUGAUCGUAUUUGUGGCCAAGUAGGCCCCACCCCCUCCAUAUUGACGCAGAAUCUUUUUCUAACCGUUAAUAUUAAGGAAAGAAUAUAGAAGAAAGAGUGGAAUCUUACACGCGCAAAAACAAAAAACAAAAGUAAGCCCAGAAUCAGAUUGUUGGAGAUUUACAACUCUGUAAAUUGUUGGAGGAGCCGCCUCUUCAAAGCUUAUUAGCUUUUUGUUCUAGUCGUUUCUUGUUGUUGCUGUUUCAUGUCCCUGGUUUCUCAGACCACUUUGCUUGGGUAUUUCAGAAAAUCCAUAUUAAAAAUACAUAAAGGGAAAAAAAAAUAAAAAUACCCACUUGGGUAUCUCCAAGAAUCUUCACCUGAAGCCAAAAAGAGAAGAAAAGGGUCACCUUUAAAAAGUUAUUAAAAUCAUCAUGGAAGAUGGGGUUUUAUCACCAGCCACUAUGUUGGGAGCUCCAUCAGAUUCAGCAGCAGCAGCCAUGGAUUUAGACUUCAUGGAUGAACUCUUCUUAGAUGGAUGUUGGUUGGAAACCAGAGAUUAUGGAUCUGAAUUUAUCCUUAACCAAAAUAGUCCUAGCAAUACUAUUACUGUUCCACCUAGUUCCACUAAUCCCUUUUUGGACCCUCUAUUGGGUUGGCCAAGUUUUGACACCAACAAUGGCCAAUUCAACACCACCCCAUCUCAGAACAAGACCAAUCAAGAAGACAGGCACAGGUCAGUUUUUGCCGCACCCGAAGAAAAAUUUUAUGCUUUGGAGAUUAUGACUGAUGAUGUUGGUGUAUAUUCCGGUGGUGGAUCAGAUGAACUCAGCAGCAGAAGGUUGUGGACUGGACCAAAGUCUAAUCUGGGUCCUUCAUCUUCAGUGGUGGAGAGGCUAUACAAAGCACUUGUGUCCAUCAACGAUGUGAUUAGAGAUAAGGAUGUUCUUGUUCAGAUUUGGGUUCCUGUACAUAGAGAAGGUAGGCGUGUUCUCAUAACUAGAGAUCUGCCUUUUGCACUUGAUGAUAGCUGUUCUAAGCUUGCAAGAUAUAGGGACAUUUCUGUAAAGUAUCAGUUCUCAGUUGAGAAAGAGGAUUGUACUAAGGAAAUGGUUAUGGGAUUGCCCGGGAGGGUGUUCUCCGGCAAGGUUCCAGAGUGGACACCGGAUGUUCGGUUCUUUAGGAAAGAUGAGUACCCGCGGCUUAUGCAUGCUAAGCUAUAUGAUGUGUGUGGGACUCUUGCACUUCCUGUGUUUGAGCGAGGUAGCAGGAAUUGCCUUGGUGUGGUUGAAGUUGUCAUGACCACUCAGAAUAUUAAGUACCGUCCUGAGCUUGAAAGUGUUUGUAAGGCACUUGAGGCUUUUGAUUUCAAGAGUUCGGAAGUUUUGAGCACUCAGAAUGUGACGGUAUACAACGAGUACUACCAAGCUGCAUUGCCUGAGAUUCAAGAGGUCUUGAGAACUGCCUGUGAGACACACAGAUUACCCUUGGCACAAACUUGGGUUCCUUGUAUCUAUCAGCGUAAAGAAGGGUGUCGACACUCCAACGAAAACUACGUUCAAUGCGUUUCCACGGUGGAUUAUGCUUGCUAUGUCGCUGAUCCCCACAUCCAGGGCUUCCACGAGGCAUGCUCCGAGCACCACCUGUUCAAAGGCCAAGGAGUCGUCGGCGGAGCCUUCAUGACCAACCAACCGUGCUUCUCAGCCGACAUAACUUCCUUUACCAAGACAGAUUAUCCCCUGUCUCACCACGCGAGGAUGUUCGGGUUGCACGCUGCUGUGGCCAUACGCCUGCGGAGCAUCCACACCGGCACGGCUGACUUUGUCUUGGAGUUCUUCUUGCCUGUCGAUUGCACUGAUCCAGAAGAUCAGAAGAAGAUGCUGACUUCGCUUUCUUUGAUCAUCCAACAAUGUUGCCAGAGCCUGCGGGUUGUCACAGACAAGGAGCUCGAGGAGGAAAUUGAUUUUCCAGUCAGCGAAGUUGUGGUACCUUCAUCGAAUGCUAGGCCAACUACUGGGAUUGCUUCUCUCGUGGAGAUUCAACAGGGCGGUACAACUACUGAUGUCUCGCCAAUUCCAGGGGAAAAACCAAGGGAAGCUUCAAAUGGAAGAGUCACAAAUUCAAGCCUAAAACCAAGUGUUGAGUGCGUUGAAGAGUGUUCCACCAUUGGUGAAGGAAGCUUCUCAAGCGUUGGUGCUGGUAAAUCGGGUGAAAGAAGACGUACCAAGGCAGAGAAAACCAUCACUUUACAAGUUCUUCGUCAGUAUUUUGCUGGCAGCCUAAAAGAUGCUGCAAAGAGCAUUGGAGUUUGUUCCACGACGCUGAAAAGGAUAUGCCGACAACACGGGAUCAAACGCUGGCCUUCACGAAAGAUCAAGAAGGUAGGUCACUCCCUACAGAAGCUCCAACUUGUGAUCGACUCUGUCCAGGGUGCAUCUGGUGCAUUCCAAAUCGAUUCGUUCUACACGAACUUCCCGGAGCUAGCUUCUCCAAACGUAUCAGGAACCAGCCCAUUCUCAGCCUCAAAGCUGAGCCACGGAUUUCCAAAGCCAUCAUCAUCACAAAUGCAACAAACCGGAGGAGGCACCGGGUUGGAUGCUUCUAAAUCUUCGUCCUCUUGCAGCCAGAGCUCGAGCUCGAGCCAAUGCUGCACCAGCAGGAAUAACAAUAAUAAUAACAAUGUCGCAUCAAGUAAAGAAAUAAUGGCCGGAGAGAACAAUUCCAAUGACGUUGUUCUCAAAAGGGUCAGAAGCGAAGCGGGGCUUAACAAUACCUGCACUCUUGAAGAUGACAAAAAACUCAUGCCAAGAUCUCAGAGCCAAAAAUCUCUCAUUGAGCAUAGUAAGACAGGGAAGAACAAUAACAUCAUCACUACUCCUUUGUCGAAAAACACUUGUGGAAGAUUAUGUCGAGAACUAGGAGGUGAUUUUCAAAGGGUGAAAGUCACGUAUGGAGAUGAGAAAACGCGAUUUCGGAUGCAAACGAACUGGGGUUUCAAGAACUUGCAGCAAGAGAUUGGAAGCAGGUUUGGCAUAGAAGACAUGGGAUUGUUCACCAUAAAGUAUUUGGAUGAUGACUCUGAGUGGGUUUUGUUGACUUGUGAUGCUGAUUUGGAGGAGUGUUUUGAGGUUUGUCGUUCUUCUCAAAACAACACAAUAAAGCUCUCUCUCCAAGUCUCUCGUCAUCUCUCAAGAGGUUAUUUGGGUGGUGGUAAUGUUGGCCCCUUACGACCCUUUGCAGAAGGGUGAAGAAAUUGGUCUAUUUUGGACACUUUUUAGUUUAGUUUAGUUUUUUGGUAGAUUUUGUUAGAUUUGUUUACAUAGCAGCUAUCUCUUUCUCUCUCUGUAAAUUGUAUGUUUGAUAGAAUAAUGUUCAACCUUUUGGAAUGGAAGACGUUGAAUAUUUAAGAUAGUGAAAUUUAUUAUUUGUGACGUUUUCAGGGAUGUUGAUAGGCUGAAGUGGACAUUCAUAUUUUUGUAAUUUUUUGAGUGAUGUGACUGGGCUAGUUGUGGUGGUAAGCUAUU